AUGGCGGGACGUGUAUUUGCUACUUUGGCUACUUUGGCCGCAUUGGCAGCCUCUGCCCCUGUCGUGGAAGAACGACAGGCUUGCGCUAGCGUUUGGGGACAAUGCGGAGGCCAAGGUUGGUCUGGAGCAACAUGCUGUGCUUCUGGUAGCUCAUGUGUCGUCUCCAACCCCUACUACUCACAAUGUCUUCCUGGCUCCGGAGGAGGUUCGAGUUCCUCUACACUCGCUUCCUCUACCCGCGCGUCAUCCACGACAGUUAGAUCAAGCUCAACGACUCCCCCGCCAAGCUCUUCUACGCCACCACCUCCAGUUGGAUCAGGAACUGCUACUUACCAGGGCAACCCAUUUUCUGGAAUCAACCCCUGGGCUAAUAGCUUCUACGCCCAGGAAGUAAGCAGCUCGGCGAUUCCCAGUUUGUCCGGAGCCAUGGCUACUGCUGCAGCGGCCGCUGCAAAGGUACCGUCGUUCAUGUGGCUGGAUACUCUUAGCAAGACUAGCCUGUUGAGCUCGACAUUGUCAGAUAUCCGUGCCGCAAACAAGGCCGGAGGCAACUACGCUGGUCAGUUCGUUGUGUACGACUUGCCUGACCGUGACUGCGCUGCUGCUGCCUCCAACGGAGAGUACUCUAUCGCGGACAACGGAGUAGCCAACUACAAGAACUACAUUGACACCAUUGUCGGCAUUCUGAAGACGUACUCCGAUAUUCGGACUAUCUUGGUCAUUGAGCCUGACUCUCUCGCCAAUCUUGUUACUAACCUCAGCGUUGCGAAGUGCUCAAACGCUCAGGCCGCUUACUUGGAAUGCAUCAACUAUGCUAUUACGCAGCUGAACCUCCCCAACGUUGCCAUGUACCUCGAUGCCGGCCACGCAGGAUGGCUUGGCUGGCCCGCCAAUCAGCAGCCAGCGGCUCAACUGUUCGCCAGCGUGUACAAGAAUGCAUCGUCACCCCGAGCGGUUCGUGGAUUGGCUACCAACGUUGCAAACUACAAUGGAUGGAACAUCACUUCUGCUCCGUCAUACACUCAAGGAAACUCCGUUUACAACGAGCAGUUGUACAUUCACGCCAUUUCACCCCUUCUCACUCAGCAAGGCUGGAGCAACACCUACUUCAUUACCGACCAGGGUCGUUCCGGCAAGCAGCCCACCGGCCAGCAGGCGUGGGGUGACUGGUGCAAUGUCAUUGGCACUGGAUUCGGCAUUCGCCCUUCUGCCAACACUGGAGAUUCUCUGCUUGAUGCAUUCACUUGGAUUAAGCCAGGCGGUGAAUGUGACGGAACCAGCAACACAUCUGCGACACGAUACGAUUACCACUGUGGCUUGUCAGAUGCUCUGCAGCCCGCUCCCGAGGCUGGUUCUUGGUUCCAGGCUUACUUCGUGCAGCUUCUUACCAAUGCCAACCCCUCAUUCUUGUAA